AUGGCCGCCGUCGCAGCCAUGACCGCGCGCAUCGCGCAUCGAUCGGCGGCCGGGAUACCGCGCGGAGGAACCACCGGGAGGCGCGCUCGCAUCUCGGCUCGGAAACCCCCGCGUCGACCCCUCGCGCCUCCCGUCGCGGCCGACUCCGACGGCGGCUUCGGCGCGGGCGUCGCGACCGCCCCGGGUGAGAAUCGCACCGAUGCACUCGACGCCCACGUCCCCAUCGACCGCUUCUACACCGGCCUCAGGCAGCUCCACGCCUCCCCGGACGUCUUCGUCGUCGACGAUUUCGUCACCCCCGAGCAAUGCGACUCCAUCAUCGCCGCCGCGUCGACGCGAGCCAUGGACCAAUCACCCGUCGUCUACGCCGGGUGGACCAACGACGUGGGCGACGUCAUCAACACCGCCGCGAGGGGACCCGCGCUGUGGCUCGCGGCGCUCGUCACGAUCGCCGCCGCCUCCGCCGACGGCCCCGGGCUCGGCGCCGGGAUCGCCGGGGUGAUCGCGUACGCCGGCGCCGUCGCGCUCGCCGGCGGCGUCGCCGUCGCGAACGUGAAACAAAAGGAGUCCGCGCUCAAGGCGCUGCGCACCAGCACGAGCUGCGCGCUGGACGGCGCGAGCGACGGCGAGCGCGCGUACGUGGCGGCCGCCGAGGCGCUGAUGCCCGGGAGCGAAUGCGCGAGCUUCGAGGCGCCGACGGUGAUUCGGUACCGCCCGGGCCAGAGGCUGGCGCCUCACUUCGACGCGAACAGGGGCGCCGACGUCGAGGACGCGAACAGGGGCGGGCAGACGCUCGCGACGCUGCUGCUCUACCUCAACGACGUCGACGCGGGAGCCGGCGGGGUGACGAGGUUCGGGCGUUUGAACCUCGAGGUGACGCCGCGGAGAGGGCAGUGCCUGGUGUUCUUCCCAGCCGCGGAGGACGGGACGUUCGACGAUCGCGUGGAGCACGAGGGGACGGAGGCGACGGAGGAGAAGUGGAUCUGCAGGAUAUGGAGGCACGAGCGGGAGGUGCCGCCCCCGUUCGGGUUGCCCGUCGGGUACCGGCCGCGGUAG